AUGGGUUCAGAAUGUGAAGGCAAGGGUUCGUGGCCAGAGCUUGUUGGAGUGGAGGGGGAGGUUGCCAAAGCAACAAUUGAGAGAGAGAACCCAAUUGUGACUGCUAAGAUUGUGGUUGAAGGAGAAACAUAUGUCAUCACCAACUACGAUUGCUACAGGGUUUGGGUAUGGGUUGAUAAAGAUGAUCGACUUGUCACAAGGCCUCCCAUAAUUGGUUAA